UCUGCUUGAUUUUGACAGACUGUCAAAGAGAAUCAAAAAGCUAUCAGGACGUGAACUGUACAAGAAUUUUUUAUUAAAGAAAAAGCAUCCUAGAGACAUGUCUCAAACCCCGAAGAGAGCCUCUGCCAAGGGCAAGGGCCGCGCCCAACCGACAGCCAAAGGAUGCUGCUGCAAGCGUUCGCAGUGCAUCAAAAACUACUGCGAUUGCUAUCAGUCUAUGAUGGUUUGCACACAGUUCUGUCGCUGCGUCGGCUGCCGGAACACCGAGGAGCGAAUGGCCGUGGAGCCGCGCACCCCGUCCAGGAACUCCAAUGCCGUGAAGAGGGAUCGAGCGGCUGCCAUGAGUGCCAAGGCAGCGGCAGCGGCUGCCAAGGAGGGCAUCAAUAUACCAGUGCCGCCGGCUUCCAGCAAUUCCAUACCCAUUACCAUUAUGCCGGCCCAGCAACCGGCGGCCAUUGCACCUAUAAAUAUAAUUCGCAUGGCUCCGGAUGCCUUCAAUGUGGUACUUCAACAGGUGUCACCCCAGUUACCCAUAAUAGGGAUGAAAACCAUUGAGGUUCCAGCUGCUCCGGAUAUUGCCAAGGAUCUGCCGGUUGCUGAAGUGAAACCAACGGUAAUCGAGCCGCCGAACACAAAUUUCUAUGAAACCCACAACCUCUUUGAUCCGCAAAUCAAUGCUGCACACCUGGUAUGCUCCCUCAUUCAGGGUUCUGAUGCCGAGCAGCUGGGUUUAGAACAUGACCAGGUGGGCCGUCUGACCAUCAUAGAAUUUGAGAACUGCUACAAGGAGAUCUCUCAAAAAAUGUAUAAAUUGUAAUUUUAGAAAAGUCAUUUUAGUGAAUCGAAAGAAUAAAGAUAUUUACAAAGAUAAA